AUGGGCUCCGUGUUACCCGCAGACUCUUUGGCCAUGAAGUCUGGAUUUAAGUGUCCCAGCCGCGCGCUCUCAGACGUGAUCACCUCGGACAUUCUCCACAGUUUCCUCUACGGCAGGUGGAGGAACGUGCUGGGGGAGCACCUGAGCGAGGAGCGCCACAGCUGCAGCUCCAGCCCCAAAACCGCGUUCACCGCAGAGGUCCUGGCGCAGUCCUUCGCUGGAGAGGUGCAGAAACUGUCCAGUCUGGUGUUGCCCAGUGAGGUGAUCAUCGCUCAGAGCUCUAUUCCUGGAGAAGGCCUGGGCAUUUUCUCAAAGACCUGGAUCAAAGCUGGGACAGAGAUGGGGCCCUUCACUGGCAGAGUGCUGUCCCCUGAGCACGUGGACCUGCUCAAAAACAACAACCUCAUGUGGGAGGUGUUUAAUGAUGAUGGGACAGUCAGAUACUUCAUCGACGCCAGUCAAGAGGAUCAGCGCAGCUGGAUGACAUACAUCAAAUGUGCCCGAAAUGAACAGGAGCAGAACCUGGAGGUGGUGCAGAUUGGCAGCAGCAUUUUCUAUAAAGCAGUAGAGACAAUCCCUCCAGAUCAAGAGCUGCUUGUUUGGUACGGAAACACCCACAACACAUUUCUAGGGAUCCCAGGUGUCCCUGGAACAGAAGAAGAACAUCAGAAGAAAAGUAGAACUGAUGACCAUCCCUGCGACGGCUCCUCCUCCUGCUCCCCGUCGUCCACAUCCACCGCCGGUCGUAUGCGCUGUGUCAUUUGUCACCGUGGGUUUAACUCUCGCAGUAACCUUCGCUCUCACAUGAGGAUCCACACUCUGGACAAGCCCUUCGUGUGUCGCUUCUGUAACCGCCGCUUCAGCCAGUCGUCCACUCUGCGUAACCACGUCCGGCUGCACACCGGGGAGAGGCCCUACAAGUGCCACGUGUGCCAAAGCGCCUACUCGCAGCUGGCAGGUCUCAGAGCUCAUCAGAAGAGCGCCCGCCACAAACCGGCGGCGUCGGGCUCCGAGGGCCCUUCACAGGGGUCCCCUCCUCCUCCACAGAUACCCCCCAUGUCCCAUCAGCACCAGAUGCCCCUCGUGCACCACAUCCCCACCAUGGUGUUAUGA